AACGCCCUCGAUGGUAUAUAAUAAUGCGAUCGACAAUUGCUAGAGAUUGUUUGAUUGACUGUUGCCAACAGUUGACGUCCAAGCAAUAGAGCGUUCGUGGAAUAAAAAAAAAUGAAGCUCAUCCUGGGAUGCCUGACGCUCCUGGUGGCUAGCUCGAGCCUAGUGGCCAGCAGUCCCCUGACUCUGCAAAGCAACGCCUCGAGCGAGCAAGAGGCCCUGAUUAAUGAUUUCAAGGACUUUUUGCGACUCAUUCCCGCCAACCAAACGCGACUCCUCUUCAUAAAGUACGCCCUGCUGGACCCCGAGUUUCGCGAGACUUUGCUGUUCAUGAGCAGCAACGAGAACCUCGACCUCCUGAAAAACAUUUCUCAGACCGAGGCGUCCCAGAAACUGCACGAGUACCUCAUGCCAACGAAGGCCAACGCCACCGAUUUUUUCGUUGAGUUCGCGUCGCGUCUCAGCAUCGAUGCCGAGCAAAUGCCCGAAAUAGAAGAGUUCAAGAAGAAGGGCAAGGAAGGCGAGAAGGGCAAGGAGGGCAAGAAGGGCAAGGAAAACGAGAAGGAAAAGGAAAAGAACAAGGAAAAGGAGAAGAACAAGGAGAAGGGCAAUAAGGGCAAGGACAAGGACAAGAAGAAGAAGGAGAAGGGCUACCUUGGGUUCUUGAAGGAGGCCAAGGCACUUUUGCCCAUCGGCCAGAUAAACGCGCUGAGGGACCAGAAGAUCGCAGCCAAGGGACAGUACGCCACGUUGGUCGGCAAACUUCACACCCAGACGUACUUGACACUGGUAGCUAGGCUCGUCUGUCAGCCCGCGGCUUUGAAGUACUUGCAGGUGGCCGACAAGAACGGCUUUGACGUCAUUGCCUUUUCCGAUUUUGUGUCUACGGCCGUUGGUCUGGCUGAUGGUUCAAAGUGAAUCUGGAGUAGAUUAGGUGGAUGACUGGCGAGUACGUAGAUCGAGUGUGGAGACGCAGCGAGCAAAUGAAGAAUCGAGCAAUAAACAACAAAGUUUUUUUCCUCCGACAUGUAAUUUAUGUACCUUUACUUUGAAUGAUGAUGAAAAAAAAAUAUUAAUAAUAAACAAGAUUGACCAAUGAAA